GGUGGAUAAUUCGAUAAUAAUUAGUUGCAGCAUUGUCUGGUUUCCCCUUCUCCAACGUGAUAAAUUGCUGCUUUUCCUUGUUUUAUGUCAUUGUAAAAAUUGAAUAUCUUUGAUUGACUACUGCUUGAACAAAGCAAGAACUUUAAAGAAGAACAAUCAUCACAUCAAUCAAAUCAAAAGUAUGAAUGUGGGCGUAGCUCACAGUGAGGUGAACCCCAACACUAGGGUGAUGAACAGCAGAGGAAUAUGGCUCACCUACCUGCUGCUGACCGUCGUGUUGCACAUCGUCCUGCUCAGCAUUCCUUUCUUCACUGUGCCGCUCGUCUGGACUCUUACAAACGUCCUCCACAACCUGGUGAUGUACCUGUUUCUACACACAGUGAAGGGCACUCCCUUUGAGACACCAGACCAAGGCAAAGCUCGUCUGCUCACACACUGGGAACAGAUGGACUACGGCGUCCAGUUCACAUCUUCACGCAAAUUCCUCACUAUCUCACCAAUUGUUCUGUAUAUUCUUGCCAGUUUCUACACAAAAUACGAUCCCACGCAUUUCCUAAUCAACACAAGCUCCCUCCUUAGUGUCCUCCUCCCAAAGUUGCCUCAAUUUCACGGAGUACGGAUAUUUGGGAUCAACAAAUACUGACAGAUCUGACUGAACUUUGGAUUUUAACCACCAAACACUGGACUUCUAGUUUUCUGUUUCUGCUGAACUAUUUUAUGUCUAGAGGUUGAGGAGAAGAGAACCACUUGGAUUUGUCUUAACUGUACAGACUGUGUGAAGUAAUAUAUGAAAGUUGCAGUUUGUGCUGCCUCUUGCAGCAUGCAUGAAAAAAUAGUAAAUGCACUGCUGCUGCUUUAUGAAAGGCAUUUUUUUUUUCUUUACUGACAUUGCUUUGGUAAGUUAGUCAAAAGGCCAGACACUUUGGCUUCAAGAAAGAGCAAAUUUUGAAGUGCACUGCUUUCGAAUGUGACUUUAUUCAUUUCUUGUCUGUCUCAGAUGAUUUCUGUCGCAAACUGCACUGGCUGCACGUCUGUAAAACUGUCUGGCUGUUGCCAUAAAUGUGAAUGAAUUCAUUGCGACAGUGUGGUUCCUGUUCCGAAUGAAGCUUGCAAGUUUCCGUUUUCCUUCAUGCUUUUUUUCUUGAUUUACUAUGAAGGAUUUACCUGCAGCAUGCAUUUACACGCCUACAAUAAACACUGCAGUCUUGCUGUCGGACACAUCAUUUACUGUUUUCUUAAAAAUCUGUAUGUCUUUUCCCACUUAUAAAAUGAGCAGUGAGAGCUA